CACUGUCUCGCCAAUUGUCAGCUGACUGGUAGUUGGCAAUACAGUAGUUGUACAUCAUGAUCGCGACGCUGAAGUUUACAACAUUAUUACUUGCUGUUGUUGUCUGCCGGGCAACGCAAGAUUAUGGUUAUAAAGAUGUCGAGGAGCCUACCCUGGGCGAUUCUCAGUAUGGAUCUCUCUGGCCGUUGCCUCAGAAAGUCCAAAUGUCAACUGUAGCAUUCAAACUCAGCGGUGUUAGUUUCCAGAUAGUUGACGCGAAAGAAUCGUCUUCCGGUGCGAGCUGCAGCCUUCUUCAAAAUGCAUAUCGAAGGUAUGACGAAUACAUAUUCCCCAUUUCCAGAAUGCAAGGGCAAAACAAAAAGAAGGCAUUUGCCUCUGUGUCUGAGUUACAGGUGUGGAUCACAUCAGCUGACUCUGAGUGUGACAACUACCCAAGUGUGACAUCUGACGAGUCAUACGAACUCUCGGUGGACUCUCCUGUUGCUGUGCUGAAAGCACCUAAGGUGUGGGGCGCGCUGAGAGGUCUGGAGACUUUUAGCCAGUUGGUGUAUGAGGAUGAAUAUGGAGCAAAAAGCAUCAAUAGGACAGAGAUCCAGGACUUUCCACGGUUUACACAUCGAGGCCUCUUAUUGGACAGCUCUCGUCACUUCCUGCCCAUCAAAGUCAUCUUAGCCAAUCUGGAAGCAAUGGCGUGGAACAAAUUCAAUGUGUUCCACUGGCACAUAGUAGAUGACCCCUCCUUCCCCUACAUGAGCCGUACCUUCCCACAGCUGAGCCAGCAGGGAGCAUACCACCCGUACACGCAUGUGUACACGCCCUCUGACGUGAAGAUGAUCAUUGAGUUUGCUCGCCUCAGGGGCAUUCGUGUCGUCUCUGAGUUUGACACCCCUGGACACACUCAGUCAUGGGGCAAAGGCCAGAAGGACCUACUGACCCCCUGUUACUCUGGAGCCAGCCCCUCUGGCUCGUUUGGACCGGUCAACCCUAUCCUCAACACCACCUAUGACUUCAUGGCCAUGUUCUUCAAGGAGGUCAGCACAGUGUUCCCUGACGCCUAUAUCCAUCUAGGAGGAGACGAGGUUGACUUCAGCUGCUGGAAGUCCAACCCAGACAUCCAGAAGUUCAUGGCGCAGCAAGGCUUUGGGACGGACUACAGCAAGCUGGAGUCUUUCUACAUUCAGAGGCUCUUGGAUAUUGUCACCACUACCAACAAGGGCUACAUGAUCUGGCAGGAGGUGAUUGACAAUGGAGUUAAGCUGAAGUCAAACACAGUAGUGCAUGUGUGGAUGGGGAACAAGUUUGAAGAGGAGCUUCAGAAGGUGACGGAGGCGGGCUUCACCACCAUCCUCUCCGCCCCCUGGUACCUAGAUUACAUUAGCUACGGACAGGACUGGCAGAAGUACUACAAGGUCGAGCCACUCAGCUUCAAUGGCACAGAUGCUCAGAAGAAGCUGGUGGUCGGCGGAGAGGCCUGUCUGUGGGGGGAAUACGUGGACGCUACCAACCUGACCCCCAGACUCUGGUACGCUGCAGACAAACCCAAAUGUAAAAAAAAAAAUCUUAGAAGAUACCUUUCCUCUCCAUCCAUUUUACACUGCACUGUCUGUAAUGUUAGAUGUUUCCCUCCUAUCCCCAGGCCCCGUGCCAGUGCUGUGGGGGAGCGGUUGUGGAGUGACAAGGAUGUGAAAGACACAAACGAUGCUUAUAGUCGUCUGAUCCAGCACCGCUGUCGCAUGGUCCAGCGUGGUAUACCAGCUGAGCCUCUGUUUACAGGUUACUGUGCACAUGAGUACAAAGGGGUAUGAGCUGACAGCCACUGUGGGGCUACAACCUGAGAAGCAGCGUUAACCGCAAUGAGAGAGAAAUAAUCUCACAAAUCAAACUUGAUUGUCUUCAUGACUUUAUUGAUGCACUGAUAUGAGCCAAAUUCUGCCUUUUUUUUUUUAAAUUCAGAACAAUCCUAAUUCCAUGCAAUGUCACAAAUUGAUUGGUGUGUAGGAACACCUUUUUAUAUUAAUGUUUAUGAAUUAAAAGAAACUUUUGCAAAGUU